CACCUGGCAGCAUUUGUAGUGUAGGAAGUACGACUAGGAAGAAUAAUUAAAGAAGAAUAUUAGAGUUGGUUAGGUAGCAGCCCCUUUAUUCUUAUCUAGAUGAAAAACACAUGUAAUGCAACAUUUGCAUUCCUUCGAAUCAGACUUGCUACUCAACCUAGGUAGUUCCAGUUUAUGGCGUUCAGGUAAUGCAACCUUAGCUGCAGGUUUUGUAUAUUUCUAAAAAGGGGCUUGGGAUUUGCCAGUCAGUCCUACGUGCUAUAAACUCAACGAUGCUAUUCUUCCGGAUGCGGUCAGAUGUGAUAAUAGCACGACAGGCCACUCAGCUUGUUGUAGCGCAGGACAAAUCUGCUGGUCCAAUGGAGUUUGUCAGGGCGGAAACGAACACCUUGUUGAUUAUUUACGAAAAGGGCGUACUGACCAGUCGUGGAAUGAUACAGCAUGUUUUCAGGUCUGUCCAUGGUGUAAGUGCUGGCACGACUUCUCAUAUAGGCUCAUAUGAAUUAAUAUGAUAUUAGACAUAGACGAUCCAUCAGUGGGAGUGCGGCCUUGUGGCGGUAUUGAGAAAAGUAAUUUAUACUGCUGCGAUGAUGGGUUAACUGGCGCUGGAUCGUUCGCUUGUUGUAGCGUCGAGUCGAGUAUAUUCACGUACGACAAUAUUACCACACUACCUACUAUUCUCGCUACGAUUCCCAUUAAUGAGGUAUCAACUACCAUGGUCGAAUCGACGUCGUCUUCCUCAUUAAUCGUCAGUACGGGCAGCGAUACAUCAACAGGGCUUCCAACAGUCAAAGCGACGAGUACCGAAUCAAUACCAAUCCAACCUACUGGUGACAGCGCAGGUCAUAUAGAGAACGGGAGCUCAUCUAUAAAUGUUAAUAUAUCGACCGCACUGGGCGCAGGCUUGGGCGUCGGGUUGUCCGUAGCCGCUGCUAUCAUUGGGGGGUUCUGGUUCAUGGUCUGGCGGUCUAAACGAGAGCAUACGGGGGAGACGGAACGGGAAAAAGAUCCGUAUCAGGGCGUCUUGAGUGGCUUUAUAGUCCCCGACGGCAAUACACCCAAACCGGCGACUUCCCCUGGCCCUUUAGAAUUAUAUGGCGUUGCCAACUCCCGCGAAACCAACGCCCAUGAGUUACCAUCGGGAUAUUAUGGUAGGGAGCUUCCUGCUUAAACGGCUAGACAGACGGAACGGUUGGAACUUAUCAUAAUUCCGCAUUUCGUCAUAUUGCUUCGUGAAGGCAUAAUUUAUGUCUUAUAUUGAUGGGCAUGUACGCGAUUCGAUAAUCUAGUAUGGACGAGUUGUUUUCAGGGGCGACAUAGUACAUAGAGAGAGGACAUGCGAGAAAUGAAGAUCCCUUCAAUGUUAUAAUAGCUGGUGUGAGUCAGAAAGAGCUAACUCUGCUAUCAUGACAUGUUUGCUGCUUCCUGUUUUGCCCUAAGAGG